GAAAUCUGUAGUAGACAAAUUCAUUAUUAUUCACUACUCAUCUGUGUAUAUGGUGUUUUAAAAGUGCUUUCUACUUUUCCUAGUAAUUGUUGGCAACUUUAAUACUUAGUAUAUUUGCUGCAUUAUGGUCAAAAACGCCUAAAUCUUAUCUAAAUCUAAGGCUGCCUUCAGUGGCCUCUGCAGUUUCCAGUAGUUGGUGACAUCACAUAAGACUGUCCAUCUAGGUGUGUCAAACUACAAACACCUGGCUGCAGUUCGAAGUUUGAAGUGUGGAUACCAGUUUUACCAAUCGCAGUGUUCCUCUUAUGUCCAGACGCCGCCCCUCGCUCUUUUUUGUGUCCUCCAGGUACUUCCCAGUUUAGCAGCUCUAUUUGAAAAGUGGUUGUGAGUGAAUUUUAGCUGUUUAGUAGUCCCACUUUGAUGAAGGACAAUUCCUCUUGACCGGAUAAGUGUGUAACAGUGUGAUAUGGAAAGUGGUUCAGCGGAUAGUUUGGUUAAAGAAUAUUGGGGAUAAUAAUUCAUUUUGAAACAUUGGAACUCUAUUAGUUACUGUGUUAGUAUGCGUGUGCUGCCACAACAACAAUAGACAUAAAAAAAGUAAAUAUUGUGUAUAGUAAACUAGUUAUUGGCCCUAUAAAUUACUCCCGUUAUGGUUAUGAUUAAGAUUGAGGAGAAAUUGAAACAUAGUUAUUUUAAUACAGUUUUUCCCUUUUCGUCUUUCUUAGAAAGCUACUGAAAUAGAAACAAACUGCAGAGAGUUUAUGUAAGGCUUUGAGUGAAGUUUGAAUCUAUACAGUACAGAGAGGAUGGAGGGAUAAGGGUUGCGAGGUGCUGAAGAGAGAGGAAGAAGACGAGGAGGAGGAGGAGGAGGAGGAAAGAUGCAGAGCAGAAGUGGCCUCCAGCCAAGGGCUCUGCAGCAGAGUUACAUAAGAGCGGGGUGCCUGCAGAACGCACUCCGCCGCUGUGUCCUAGAGCUGUCUGCAAACUGUUAAGGAGGCAGGAGUGGUGAUAAUGACUCAUUCAGCUGGGACAUGAUUAGCCAUUAAGACAUUAUGGAAAACAACAAUGUAAUGAUAUUAAAAGUACCAAAAUAUUACCGAGGACACCAUUUCUCAUCUCUAAAAAGCAGAGGGGACAACAUUUUUCUACUUUGUGCUGCAUAGUAUCCAAAAGUAAUAUCGGAUUUGCAAUAUAAAUGUGCACUAUGCAACUUUUCUAGUGGGGGUUCGUCCCUGUGGAAAUUUUAUCGUUUUGCCUCGGAAGUUCCACUGUAUGGCGUUAAACUCAUAUUUCUCCUCUAUGAUGAUGCUAUCAGGUCAAGUAUUGGGUCAUAUCUGUGGAGUGGCGACCCUAUUCAAAGUAACAAUGCAUGUUCAAGGUAUUUUUGAGCAGUAAACACAUCUGUGAUUGGUGUUAAACGUAUUUAUCUUGUAUGAUUCAUACAGUGGAUACAUACAGUCUCCAUAGGGACAAGCAAAUGACACAUCUCCCACCAGAAAAGUUACAUCGAGUAUUUUAAAUCAUGAUUCAGAUCGAAGUGUAUAUUGUAAAACUGUCCAAAAGCAUUAACAUUUAAGAGAAGACAUGUUUGUAGAGGCCGAAAGUAGAACAAAAUUUUCAACAAAACUACAAUUAAUAUAACAAAGUGAGAUUUGGAUAUAGUUUCAUUCAUCUCUUCUAUAUAUUUUUUAAAAAUUCAUCCUUAUUUUGAAGAACCUCCUAGAAACGUCCACUCUGCAGCUUUGUCUUGCAGUGAAGCUCGGUGACGCAUAAAUUACUAAUCAGUUUGGACCUCACAUGGCCUUUAUACCUUAUACAAUACAGCAGACAUACACAGUACAUUAAAAGAUACCCUUCCCAUUCAUUUAAAUGUGUCCUCCGGUUAUGUAGACCCCCACCAAGGCCCCGGUGUGACCCGCAAUGCAUGACCAACUCCACUGCACCAUAUACAUCAAUGUCCCAGCACAUACGAGUUCUGCUAUGUGUUGUGUAAUUGGCUGGAAUUGCAGACAAAGCAGGAACAAGGUUGUGACAUUGAAACCAGUACUAGUAGCUAUGGGAGAGUAAAAAUACUGCGUGUAGUCAUUGGUAGUUAUUGAGGAGGCGUUUUAGCUUGUAAAUUAAAUGAGGUUUUCGUAGCGCCAGAGGGAGUGAUAAAGAUAAUGGGGUUUUAAGGGCUCUUGUUAAAAGUCAGCGGAGAGUGGCGGACAUGAUGGAAGAAGAGGAGUAGAAGUUAAAUUUAAUACAAAAUAUGUUAAGCAAAAUUAGGCCAGCAACUAACUGUUUUAUGAUUUUAAAUAGUGUGCAGGUUGUGCAUAGUACUUUUUUCUUAGCGGUUAGUUUAAUUAAAGACGUAAAAUUGCUAUUGCUUAUUAUCAGAGGUGGGAAGUACUUGCAAGACUUGCUCAAAUACAUUUACUUGGGUUACUUUUUAAUGAAAUUGUACUUCUCAGAGUAGUUUUCAGAGACUGUACUUCUGCUGCUACUUACCAUAUUUUCCAGACUAUAAGUUGCUAAAGAGUAUAAGUCGCACCAGCCAAAAAAUGCGCAAUGAAGAAGAAAAAAAAAAAAAAAAAGUCGCACAGGACUAUAACUCACACUUUUUGGGGGAAUGUAUUUUAUAAAAUCAGAGACCAGGAACCGACAUUUCAUCUUGAAAGGAAAGUUAUAGUAAUAACAGCACAAUAGAGAACAACAGACUGAAUAGGCGUUAAUAUGUUAACAUAACAUAUUAACAGUUAUUCAGAUAAUUAUAGCAUAAACAACAGAAUAAAAGUUUACCAAACUCAUGAUCUCACUCCAAAUCACUAAAUCCAUUGAAUUCUUCAUUCUUGGUGUCACUUCUAUGCAACCUCCGGAGAUAAACCAUAGAUCAAUGAUGUAAAAAGAGCACUGCUUCCUUUUCUGCGUAGCUGUUGUCAGACUCAGCAUAAGUUCCAGUUAGAAUUAUUCCGGCCUUUCUGAAUCCAGACAGGAUUGUUUCGAUUGUCAUUGAAGUUCAGGCUUGGUCGAUUCAUCCAGUGACUUCCAGGAAAGUUGCAUGGAGCACUCGCCCGGUUACCAUAAACCUGUGUUCUCCAUCCCUGCUUUCUGCCAGUCCCUAAGUUUCUCGCUCACUCCAAACUUACUUUCUGCUGCUCAAUUACUGUUUUCGGCUGCAUAUUUCACUAUAUGCGGCAAGACAGCGGCUUUUUCUGCAGGAGACAUGCGCAGUAGAGUGCAAAGUGACAAUGGUACAGGAGUAAUGGUAGUACUAGAUACUAACACACAAGCCUAGAGUGCCCUCUCGCGACUGUCAGUCUGAAAAUGUUAAUAUAUAAGUCGCACCGGAGUAUAAGUCGCAGGAACACCAAACCAUGAAAAAAAGCGUGACUUAUCGUCCAAAAAAUACGAUAAUAAAUAUUUUUUGAGGUAACAGUACAGUACUAUUACUUGAGUAAAUGUUUGGGUACUUGAGUAGUCGUAGCUUUACCAAAUUCUUUUUUACUUUUGAGUUACUUGAAUUACCUGAGUAAUUUCUUGGAAUACUAUCUUGUACUUUCACUUGACUAAUAUUAUUUUUAAGUAGGGGUACUCCUACAUUUAUACAAUUUUGGCUACUCUUCCCACCUCUGUUAAUUAGCAAGUCAUAAUAAUACUUCAUCGAAUAAUACUUACAAUACUUCAUAAUAUUACAGUCACAACUUCUAUCAGUAAAGGAUGGAAAGAUGGUAGGAAGGGCAUCUGGCAUAAGACUCCAUAUGUAAAUCACUACACGAAACGAAGGAAAUUGUUUUGUCUGCAUUGCCUGGUAUGAAAACGCCCAAAGGAAAUAAGAAAUCAUCAUUCAAUACCAAUUUCCAUAUUUAUAUCCUAAUUAUACAGAAAUGUACUUUUAUUAUGUGAGUUAUUUAACACACUGCUACUGGCUAUUGAUUCCUGUACCCACAAAGUCCCCCGCAUUAUUCUACCUCCUCUGUUGUUCUGCUCUCCUGGGACAACCGAGGCAACCAACAACAUGCGAACGCUGUAACGUCAUUGGCUGGUUCCCUCCUCAAUGUGACCUGUUAAAUUCAUCCAUUACUGCCACACGCCGGCGCUGGGUUUCCGUGCUUGUGGGGGACAUUACAUAGACUUGCGUUCAUUUCCUUUAGACCAAUCCUGACCUUAAACAUAGAUACUACUUGCGCAACCGUAACCUUGUCUAACCUUCACGUAUUUUAAGGCCUAUCUUAAAAACGCUGUAUCUGAUUUUUAUCUGAAAAACGAACUAAUUCAUUUUAAACGUUCAAAGUUAUUCCUCGCUUAUCUUAUGCAUUCUGAACAUCCAAAUUAUUCACACGAUUUUUUCUUUUAUUUUUCACAAAUCCCAGAAAGCAGAGCAGUGUUGAUUUGAUUCAUUUUUAUUUCGAGUUGUGCCAAGAGAGAAACAAUAAUCAUAUACGUACUACAUACAUACAUUGUAACAGAAAAGAAGAAGAAGAAAAAAAACUCAUGACGUAGUUUCAAAAAUUCAGAAACGAUGUGGUUGCUUUACAAGUGAUUGAGACUCAGUGUAACAGUAAAGCUAACCUCAACUAGCAUGCUAACACACACUUCCUGAUACUCAAUAAAAUGCUUUAAAGGCAGAUGCCGACAGCACACAACAGUUAAUAUUUCUGCUUAUACAAUAUAUCUAUACUUGGGCAUGACAAAUUUUCCUCAAAUACAUGGGAAAAAUCUAGUACAUGUUGAUUUAAUAAUUAAGUAUUUUACGUCAUUUUUUUGUCCCCAAUAAAGGAAGCAGGUCCGCACGAUUCGAGUGCGUCCACGUCUUUUAAUCCCCGCAAUGUGAUGAAUACCCUCCUACACGCGCACACACCACCUUCAAUUUAUUCCUCCUCCUCUCCCACUCCCUCCCUCCUUUCUUUCGUCUUUCUCACUCUCUUUCUCUCUCCCUCCCUUCGCUGUAGUGGUGCCCGGUGACGUUUAGAGCAAUGGCAAAGAGGAUUACAACGGACACACAGCGAGCCAUGUGGGCUGCGGAGCUCACCUUAACAACAACGAACGGACACGGUUCACUUUUAUUCUCGGAUCUGGAAAAAUUUGAGAUUUUUUUACUUUAGAAAUUACCCUGUUAAUUGUGGAUAUAGAAGAAUUGCGCUGUUUUGGUUUCUUGGCUCGCAUUGUAGUAGAGGUGGAUUUUUAUGAAUGGGCAGCCUAGUUUAGUUGAAACAAAGCAUUCUAUUCUUCAAAUUACACUAACACAGAAGAAUUGGAUUGUUUUCAUUCAUUGUUUUGCUUUGUAGUAGUAUUUUUUUAUGAAUGAAAUCCCUAGUUUAGUUGGAAGCAGUGUAUUUUAAGUGCCACCAUGCCAAGUAGAGAAGCUUACAUCGCUAAAAAGGUGAAAAAGCGAUCCAGAGGUAGACGAAGCAAGAAGGACGCGAGCCAGAAAGGGACGCUGUUUACAUCGGCGCCCAAAUCCCCUGCCUCUGCUUUCUGGCAACCAAUCCGAUCUUUUGCCCUUUCACAGCUGACAUCGCUGGUGCGCCGGGCCACGCUGAGGGAGAGUGACCUGAUGCCCAAGUACGAGAAAGUCCAUAAUUUCAAGGUUCACACGUUUAGGGGUCCACACUGGUGCGAAUACUGUGCCAACUUCAUGUGGGGUCUCAUCGCUCAGGGAGUCAAAUGUGCAGAUUGCGGGUUGAACGUCCACAAACAGUGCUCCAAGGUGGUUCCCAAUGACUGCCAACCAGACCUCCGGCACGUUAAGAAAGUAUACAGUUGUGAUCUAACGACGCUGGUCAAAGCACACAACACAAAACGGCCAAUGGUGGUGGAUAUGUGCAUACAGGAAAUAGAAGCUAGAGGUCUUCAGUCCGAGGGGUUGUACAGAAUAUCAGGAUUCAGUGAGCUGAUUGAAGAUGUCAAGUUGGCGUUUGACAGAGAUGGAGAGAAGGCAGAUAUAUCUUCCAACGUUUAUGAAGACAUCAACAUCAUCACCGGAGCCUUGAAACUGUACUUCCGAGAGCUCCCCAUCCCCCUCAUCACCUACGACGCCUAUCCACGCUUCAUAGAAAGUGCAAAAAUUACAGAUCCGGAAAAACGUCUGGAGUCUCUACAUGAAGCUCUGAAGCUCCUCCCCCCUGCCCACUGUGAGACUCUGCGAUACCUCAUGGCUCACCUCAAGAGGGUAACAGAUUAUGAAAAGGACAACCUGAUGUCCAGUGAAAACCUCGGGAUCGUCUUCGGCCCCACACUGAUGCGGGCCGCCGACCUGGACGCCAUGACGGCUCUCAACGACAUCCGGUAUCAGAGACUGGUGGUGGAGACUCUCAUCACGAACGAAGACGUCCUAUUCUGAGAGGACGACGGAGACACAGGGGACAGAGAUGCGUGUAGUUCGUCUGUGAAUACGUGAAGGACACUAAGGGAAGGAUUGAAGGAGAAAUGAGAUGCCUUUGGAAAAAUAUGCGAGGAAGUAAAUACUUUUAUGUUAAAGGUCGAUUAAAUAAGUGUUUCUCCACAUAAAUAUUCUUAAAGACCCUGUACCUGAAUUUUCCCUUGUAUAAAAGCUAAAUUUGUCUUGGCCCAGUCCAGAUAUAUUGCUUAAGCUCAUCUUGAGGUUAAAAUAUAUCUGCUGCGUACUGUCUGAUUCUGAUCAGAAAGGUGUCAGAUAAUCAGGAAGUACGUGUUAAGCAUGCUAGUUGUUGUUAGCUUUACUGUUAUGGCAAAACUCCACUCUGGUCUGAGAGUUGUGAAAAGUGCAUCUGUCAUUGCCAUGAAUAAUUAGAACACUUGGAAUGCAUUAGGUAAGUGAAGAAAAUGAACUACUGGUAGUUCUGUUUUUCAUGUUUUUAAGAUGGAAAAAUUCAGGUAUAGUGCCUUUUAAAGUUGCACUGUGUAACUUUUUGUCUUGUCUCCAUGGAGAUGCUAUUGCCUUGCCUGGAGUGUAUCACAGUAUGACUUUAAGCUUAUCUAUCAGCUACCAUCACCCACUUGUCUCCAUGGUGAAAGAUGCUAAGUUUAAUGCCAUAUACUGUAACAUUUCAGGCACAGCAAUGAAGCAUAUCCACAGAAACAGGCAGAAAUAGAAAUGUUACAUAGUGCGGUGUAAUUUAAGCCAACAGAAUCUUAUUUCUGUUAAUAAAACUUGCAUUUGCCAAAACACUAUAAUGGGGGAACACUGUUCAAUCGAUCUUCAUACAGUUUGUUUUAAUUGAUGCCUUGAACUUUUAUAUUGCUAAUGUCUGACUGAUCUUAAGGAUUCAUCUUAGGGUAAAAAUGCACUGCUUUCUUAAAUUGGCAUUUUCAUAUUGACUUUCGUAUACUAUAAAUUUAAAAAUUUUCCUAACAUGCAUGACGAAAAUUGACUGAAAGCAAUAAUCACUUAUCCAUAACUUUAACCGAUUUUGUUUCUUAUUCGUAACUUUAAAUUAAAAUUCCAAAUUGUAUUCAUAAACGUGCUUCAUUGCCAAAAAUUGCAAAACUUUACUAUUUAAAAUUUGCUUACAGCCAUAAUGAUAAUGCCACACCCAAAGGAACUUCUCAAAACAUUAGCAGAAACUUUUACCCUAGACUCAAAGCUUCAAAAUCAUGUGAGUGAAAUUGUCCAUUAUAUUCCAGCAGUGUUAUAAAGCUAAUUUUGCACUCCAAUGCUGACUUAGAAUACUUGCCAAUUUUAUUAUUACACAUUAAGUAGCCUUCUACGUGCAACCUCGUAUCUAAUUUGACUAAACACUGUAUUUUUUUUUGUUGUAAAUUUUUGAUCUCUUCAUGAACCUCAUUAUGUGAAGUAAAACAAUGGAGAAAAUGAGUUGUUUGAAUGAUGUUUUUGUACCAAUAUUUGUACAUUUGUUGGUCUAUUUUGUACAUGUUUAGUUCAUUUCUUAUUAAUUCUUACAGGUAUGAAUCAUGUCAGCAAGUUGAUCUCGCCAUGUAUUUAGACUAACCACCAUCAGCCUAACCUAACUUGUGAGCCUUCAGUGAUCUGUGACAAUUGUUUUUUGGCAUCAUGAAAUGUCAUGUUUAAGUAUUGUCAUUGCUGUAAAGUAUUUUCUACAUGGUUUAUGCAUGGUAAAAUUAAAUUAUUAAACAUGGCCUUAUUUUG